AUGGGCGGAUGGGCGAUAUUUUGUGCCAUAUGUGGUGGUCCAUUCUCCAGCCAAGUGAAUAUAGACCCCGAAGGGACUGAUGAGGACUGUUAUCGCGAUGAAGUCCUGAGGGACUUCAACUUGGGAUGGCUUGACGAUCUUUGCGCUCUGGGUAUCAACCCUGACGCACCUGGGAACGAUAAAUCUUUUCUCACUGGCGUCGGUGGUUAUUUUGACUAUGGGGCUGUUGAGGUUGUCACGGGAGAGGAUCCGAAUGUUCCCCUCCAGAAUAACGCCCACUUUAUUGCGUAUCAUGAUUAUGCCGGCAUUGGGGACACUCGCGAGCCUCAUAUAUUUCCUUUCCAUCCAAUUUGCUACAAGGAUAUCCUCCAGAGAUGUAUCUACCAGGGGAAAUCCAAGCAGAUUAGGAAGGAUGUCCUAUUUGAUGUCUUAGAAGAUUUGAAUGGGGGCCGGUACGUCAGAUUACAGCUUAUUUAUGGCGAACCAGAGCCCCCCGCAGAUCAAAUUUGGUAUAGUAAUAAAGGCCAAGAAGUUUUGGUAGCUAAUCCGGUUAGAAUUUCCAAGCUGGAUGCCGAUUUUGAUCUUAUUAUGAAGUCCCUGGACAAGAAGGCAGAACAGGAUCAGAAUCCCCAAGACGAAGAUAUUUUCAACAAGCUCUCACCUGAAUUGCGACAUGAGGUUUUCAAACUCCUUCCAGCUGGCUCCAUACUUGCUCUGAAGGCCGCUUCAUUGGCGAUGCAUACUACUACCUUGUCACGCGAGUUUUGGAAGCACAGAUUAAGAAGUGAAAUGCCGUGGCUCUGGGAGAUCCACGAUAUCGAUGUUUUUCAAUCCCAAGAGUUAGAGGACAAAACUUCCAAGCUACUUCUGGACAUUCAAAAGAAGAGUCAGUACACAUCCAAGAAUGAUGAUUACAUUUUUGGACUUGCCAACCGGAGGCGAAUUUGGGGCGUCUGCGAGCAGAUUCAGAGCCGGUACUUGGAAAAACUUAAGAAUAUUUCCAAUACAGACAGCUAG